AUGGAAAGCACACGGGUUACUAAAGCUAACCCUGCACCAACAGUGGAACAGAUCACGUCAGACCACAUAACACAGAUUGCGAGUAAAUAUUGGACACCCCGAGAAACGGAUUCACACUUACCAUUCGACAAGCAAAUAAUCGAGGACAUCUACAUCCAAGAAAUAUGCGCGUCAAAAUUUUCAAUCCGGCGAAUAAUGAUGCUGGAGUACAGCCUGUACCUAGAAAACUUUUUAUGGCCGAACUACCUAGCCUCCAGCGCCUCCCGAGCCCACACAUUAUCAAUCGUAGUGAUGGUCAACGAAAAAUUCCGCGAGCGAGUUCAAGUUUGGGACGUCUUCCAAGCCAGCCCUUCCGAGUUCCCCGGCUUCAUCCAAAACGUGUUGCAAGCUUGCCUCGAAGACAGUAUCCUUGACUUCGACUUAAAGGAGCAAACAUCCCUAAUAGUUUUCUUGAACCACUGCUUCAACUCAAUGGAAGUGACCUUAGUUCGAAACGAGAUCAAGCGUUUAAUAUCCCUCUCAAUGUGGGUGUCUUUGCAGCAAGGCCGCCUCGAGUUGGAGCUCAAGAAACACGACGAGUGGCGGAAGCAGUGGAAGAAGCUCAAGAAGAAGGACGAGAAGCUAAAACAAAACUUGGAUUGGGAAAGAAAAUUUCUUCACCGUCUAAUGAUUAAAUUUAUGGCUAUCUUAGACACAAUUACCGAAGAAGGUCCUUUAAAUCCCGACAAAAUUCAUUAUUGUGAAAGAUUCUUAGAGCUGAUGAUUGAUUUAGAGGCUUUGCUGCCCACUAGGAGGUAUUUUAAUACAGUAAUGGACGACUGCCACCUAGUAGUCAGAUGUUCGCUCUCCAAUUUGCUAAAAAGACCCGAAGGGAAUUUAUUCGGGCAGCUAUUAGAAAUGUUGAAGUUCUACGCAAAAUUUGAGAUCGACGAGAAGACCGGAGACGCUUUAACAGACCACGACAUGACUCACAUCCACUACGAAAAGAUAACUUCCCUCCAAAAAGCGUCUCGCGCUAAAUUCCCAGAGCUCAGAAGCUUCGCAAUGGCCAACGUGGCAAGCGUUGACACGCGCGAAGCUUUAGAAAAACACUUUGGCUCUCUAAGUGAGGAAAAACUCAUCGCAGUUGCCUGCUAUUUAAACCUAGUCCCUCCAGAAGAGCGAGCUAACGCGGAAAAUUGGUACCGGAUGGACAAGCAGUUCCUCCAGGAGCUGCUAAUCUCUCGCCACGAGCGGAGAUCUUCUCAACUUGAAGAAUUAAACGAGAUGCCGCUGUACCCAACCGAGGACGUGAUCUGGAACGAGAAUAUAGUCCCCACGGAAUAUUUUUCCGGCGAAGGUUGCUUAGCGCUGCCCAAAUUAAACCUGCAAUUUUUAACUCUGCACGAUUAUUUACUGCGAAAUUUUAAUUUAUUCCGUUUGGAGUCGACUUAUGAAAUCCGCCAGGAUAUUGAGGACUCUGUAAGCAGACUGAGUCCCUGGAAAGCCGAAGACGAGGGUGUUUAUUUCGGGGGCUGGGCCAGAAUGGCUCAACCUAUUACUCAAUUUGCUGUGGUAGAAGUCGCUAAGCCUAAUAUUGGCGAGAAAAGACCCUCCAGAGUGCGCGCAGAUGUUACAAUAAAUUUGAGCAUCCGUAAGGAAAUAAAAUCCGAGUGGGAGAAUUUGAGGAAGCACGACGUUUGUUUUUUAAUUACUGUCAAACCUCCGAAUCCAAUUGGGACUAAGUACUCCCACAAGCUGCCCUUUUUGCCCCAAGUGGGCUUAACAGCUGUCCGUGGCUGCGAAAUUGAGGGCAUGUUGGACUCCAAUGGCCGUGUUAUUGAAGACGGUCCUGAACCUCGGCCUAUUUUGCCCGGAGAUUCAAGGACUUAUAGAGUUUGGUUAGAUUCUAAUCAGUACCGCUUGGACAUGGACACUGCCAGUCAAGGCAACGAAGAUAUCUAUGAAGGAUUUAGUAUUAUAAUGCGAAGAAAGCCCAAGGAAAAUAAUUUCAAAGCUGUUUUGGAGACUAUUCGAGAGUUAAUGAACACCGAGUGUGUUGUUCCUGAUUGGCUGCAUGAUAUUAUUCUGGGUUAUGGCAAUCCUGGCGCUGCCCAGUACAUGGAGAUGCCCAAUCGGCUGCCCACUAUUGAUUUCAACGACACAUUUUUGGACAUCGACCAUCUUAAGUCCAGUUUUCCGGACUAUAAGAUUAAAGUAAAGACCCAAGACCCGGAAAAAUUGGUCAGACCUUUUAGGAUUACUUUUGAAGAAGAAGAAGAUGGGAUGGGAAUUUCGGUAGAGUCUCAUGUAAUUCCCAGCAGAGGGCCUUACAAGGCUAACCAACCUAAGAAAAACCAGAUCCCGUUCACGCCGACGCAGAUAGAAGCAAUUCGCGCGGGAAUGCAGCCGGGAUUGACGCUGGUAGUUGGUCCCCCUGGUACCGGUAAAACAGACGUAGCAGUCCAGAUUAUUUCUAACCUCUACCACAAUUUUCCAAACCAGCGGACGUUGAUUGUAACGCACUCUAACCAAGCUUUGAACCAACUUUUCGAGAAAAUCAUGGCGCUGGAUAUUGAUGAGAGGCAUUUGCUUCGUUUGGGUCACGGAGAAGAAGCUCUGGAGACUGAGAAGGACUUCAGUCGCUACGGGAGGGUUAAUUAUGUACUAGCAAAAAGGAUAGACUUGCUAGCAGAGGUCCAGAGGUUGAAAGAUUCUUUGGAUGUUAAAGGGGACGUCGCUUAUACUUGCGAGACCGCUGGGUAUUUUUUUAUGGACCAGGUUAUCACUCGGUGGCAAUCUUUUGAGGCCAAACUUAAACAAGCUGAUGAUACGGGAGAAAUUAGUGUAAUUAAAAAUGAAUUUCCUUUCACGAAAUUCUUUAAUAAUUCAGCCGCAAUCCAGCCGCUGUUCAAGUCCCAGAGCUACGAGGAAGAUUUGGAGACUGCUGAGAGCUGUUUCAGAUAUAUAGAGAGUGUUUUUAAGCAACUGGAAGAGUUUAGAGCCUUUGAAUUACUCAGGUCUGGUCUAGAUCGCUCGAAAUAUUUGCUGGUUAAAGAAGCUAAGAUUAUUGCGAUGACUUGUACUCACGCUGCGUUGAAAAGAAGGGAAUUAGUGGACAUGGGAUUUAAAUAUGACAAUAUACUUAUGGAAGAGUCGGCCCAAAUUUUGGAAAUUGAAACUUUUAUUCCUCUGCUGUUGCAAAAUCCAGAGGAUGGUUAUAAUAGGUUGAAGAGGUGGAUCAUGAUUGGAGAUCAUCAUCAAUUACCUCCGGUGAUUAAAAACAUGGCGUUCCAGAAGUAUUCUAACAUGGAACAGUCGCUGUUCACAAGAUUUGUUCGAUUGGGAGUUCCAACUGUUGAUUUAGAUGCUCAAGGCCGUGCCAGGCCGAGUAUCUGCAAUUUAUACAACUGGAGGUAUAAAAAAUUAGGCAAUCUUAAACAUGUUGAACAAAGUACUGAGUACUUGACUGCUAAUGCUGGGUUCUGCUUUGAUUACCAAUUAAUCAACGUCGAAGACUUUCAUGGAGCUGGAGAGACCGAGCCCUCGGCUUACUUCUAUCAAAACUUGGCUGAAGCGGAAUAUUGUGUGGCUGUUUUUAUGUACAUGAGGCUGCUUGGAUACCCUGCGGAUAAGAUCACCAUCCUGACGACCUACAAUGGUCAGAAACACCUGAUAAGAGAUGUGAUUACUACCAGGUGUGCUAAUAAUCCGCUAAUUGGAAGGCCAAGCAAGGUGACGACGGUUGACAAGUAUCAGGGGCAGCAAAAUGAUUAUAUUUUGCUGUCCUUGGUAAGGACUCGCGCGGUUGGGCAUUUAAGGGAUGUUAGACGUCUUAUUGUCGCCAUGUCUCGUGCCAGGCUCGGGUUGUAUGUCUUUGCGAGGGUCAAUUUAUUUAAAGACUGCUUCGAGCUGAGGCCUGUUUUUCAACAGCUCAUGCGCAGGCCAGUUAGCCUUCAGCUGGUUCCUGAUGAGAGUCAUCCCACGGAGAGACUGAACAAGGAUUCUCCUGAAGCUCCGGUUGAUGCCUUUAAAGGAUAUGAAAGACUGGACGUAGCACAUGAGACUGCUACAAAUGUAUUAAGUAAUGGUAAGGAAAAAGAAAAUGUAGUUGUAGAACAAAACAAAGAAGAAAAAUCAAUUACUGAUCGUGAGAAAAAUCCUACCGAAGACAUGGUCGUUGAAUUCGAAGUCGUAGAUAAAAAUAUUGAUAACCAAUGCAAAAUGGAGGAAGACUAA